GGUUUGAACGCAGCUCUCUCUAAUUGGAUCCGACUGCGCCGCGCAAAGAGGAUAUGAGUUAUUAUUACAGCAGGGCGAAGGCUUAAGCGGGACGUGACGGCGCCACGCGGGGAGGCAGGUGCGCCCGCUUGUUUAUCUUGUUGCUCCGGCUCGUGGUCCCGGAGGCUCGUGUCAACAGCGCGGCGGUUUCGACGCGCGCGGCGCACCGAUACUGGCCGAGCGGACAGGUGGGAGUGACGCAAACCAUCCGGGACGCACAGACUGCCAGCCCACAAACCAGGAAGUGAACAUGAGCAGCCUCUCCGCCGACAGAAAGCCACUCGUGGACUACGGAGUGCAGAUCCGCUUCAUCAAAGACCUGGACGACACCGGCGGAAGUUACCCCGAGAAAUCCAGGGUCAACAGCAGCGCAACGCCUCCUUCCAGCAAAUAUGGCGUGGCCGUGCGGGUUCAGGGGAUCUCUGGGCAUCCUUAUGUGGUCCUAAAAGAUGGAGAAAAGGGCGACUCGUACGGCGUCCAGUUGAACACUCCCACACCCACUUCUGGCCCCCCUUCACCGUUCAACACGCUUCCCAAACUGAACAAUGAACCAGCCGAAUUUAUCAAUCCGUACAGCCCUGCUGCAAAUCCAGCGCGCUCCACUGCUUCUCCGGCCGAGGAUGAGGACGGGGAGAUAUUUGGGAGCCCUCAUAAAAGGCCUCCAGGUGACGGUCAAGCAGGUACACAGGGGGAGGAGGAAGGGGGAGCUGGGAGGGACAAACAGGGGGAGAGGUCCAAAGCUGUGCCUCAAACCAAAGGCAGUGAAAAAGAGAAAAAACGAGACUGGAGUACUGAGGAGUAUAAUGAAGCAGGACUGAAGCCUGUAAAACUGAAUGGCGCCGGACCCAGAGGGGGGAAGGAGCCUGGCCCGGGUCUCGACGGCUGCAGUGGGAAGAAACCAGGCACGGUGUCGUCUGCACAGUCAACCCCAGCACCUCAGGUGUCGGCCGAUCAGGAGCCCGUCCAGGCGAUCGACACGAACUCCCUGGCUCCGAUCAACAAGCUCAUCAGCAAAUUCAACAGCGGAGCGCCAGGGAGCGGCCCGCAGGCCCGGGGCCGCUCCGGGGCGAGGCAGCGGCUCAGGUUCGACGAGCGCCGCAGGUCACGGAGCCUGGACGCCCGCAAAGAGCCACAAGUUUCUCUCCCCCCGCCCAUUUCCCCCACCCUGAACCCCUACGCCGCUCCUCUGUCCACCUCCUCCCGUUUGCCGGUGUCUUCUGCUCCAGCAGGCGGUAGUCUUGGUAAGAGCCCUGCAUCUGUUGCCAAGGUGACGGCGCUGGAGGCCCCCAAGAGGAGCUUAAAGCCACCAGAGAAGUUUGUUGCCAAGGACACUCCUCCAGCCAUCGCUAAAAAGCCUGAGAUCCUCCCGAGGAGUCAAAGCACGGAGGUCUUCAACGGGGAAGAGGCUCGAAUCCGACAAGCCAUUUACAAUAUCCUCAAAGACGGCACCACUGAGAGUGAAUCGUCCCUCAAAAGAAAAGUCAACCUCGUCUACGAAACAACGGGCAGCUUCAAGAGGAGGGGAUCUGAGGGAAGCCUCAGGAAGGAGAACCUUGAGGAACUUCAGGAGCAGCUCAGACGACUGAAGCAUGAACUGCAUCAGGCGCAUGAUGAACUGGCUGAGGAGCGUAUGGCCCGAGAAAAGGCCGAGUCUCGCGUCCGUCUGCAGGAAGACCAGCUGGCUGAGCUUCAGGAGGAGCUGAGGAGGGUUUCAGAAAACCUGCCUCAGUCGGACUCGCUGCAGACGGACGUCAUGACUCUGCAGACGCAGCUGCUGGAGGCCGCCAUGCUCCGCCAGCGCCAAGAGGAGACGCUGCACCAGCGCGAGCGGGAGCUGACGGCCCUGAAGGGGGCGCUGAAGGAGGAGGUGGAGUGUCACGACAAGGAGAUGGAGGCCCUGAGGGAGCAGUACAGCCAGGACAUGGACAACCUGAAGAAAACUAUGGAGGACUUCACACAGUCCCAGGAGCAGAUCGAGGAGGAGAGGGAGAGGGUGAACGCCUCGGUGUUGACGCUGGAGGAGGAGCUGGAGAGCAGCAGGGAUCGGGGGGAGCGGUGGAAGACGGAGCUGGAGGCCACCACCAAGGAGCUGAGCAAAACCAAACAGGAGAACAGGAGACCCUCCAGCCAUCGAACGCUGAAGGAUCUUCAGGGUUCACUCCUCGGCGUGAAAACACAGCCUCCCGCCGCUAAUGAGAGCCCGUCUUUAGCAGAGGAGCUUCGGCGUUGCCAUGACGACCUGAAGCGGACUCGCGCUGAUCUGGACAAACAAAAGAGCGAGCUCGACGAGAGGAACGAGGCACUUCAGACGCUGAAGAGGGCGAGCGGAGCGAAGGAGGCCGAGCUUCAAUCCGAGAUCGCCGAGCUGAAGGAGCAAUGGCAGAGAGAUAAGGCUGCGCUGGAAAAGGCACUCGAGAAGGCAAAGGAGUCGUCAGCCGGGGCGACAGAAAAGACUGCGGUGGAUCAAAGCACCAAUCAGGAGCUCCAAGAGGCAAACAAUCGCCUCAGAGAGAGGCUGGCCCGCAUGACGAGGCUUCACUCCAGUUUGCCCCGGAGCUCGGAGGCAGAGGAGGCGGUGGAGGCCCUGGAGGACGAGAACCGCUCCCUCAAGUCCCAGCUGGAGGAGGCCAAGAGGGGAGCGACCCGCCUGAGCAAAGAGAGGGACGACCUGACCCGGAGGCUGGAGGAGAGGGAGCUGGAGAGGGACGCCCUGAGGAGGGGCAAGAGCGACGUGGAGGAGCAGAAGAGGCUGCUGGACCGAGCGCUGGAGAAGAUCAACAAGGAGAUGGAGAUGAUGAUGGGAGACUCCAGGCAGUCGGUGGUCGCCCUGCAGACACAGCUGGACGAAUACAGGGAGCGUUCCAGGAAGGACCUGCAGGAGGCGCAGCGCAGCAGCAAGGACCGGCUGGCCGAGCUGCAGAGGGCCCAGAGCAGCCUGAAGGCCCAGCAGGAGGAGGUUUCUCGGCUGAAGAAGGAUCUGCUGGUGUGCAGCGAGGAGAGAGACAGCGCCCAGCUGGAGCGCGAUCUCCUCAAUAACCGCCUCAAACAUUUAGAGAGCGAGUUCGAAUCCGAAAAGAGCUCGCAGAACGACCGCUCCCGAGAGAUCAGAGGCCUGGAGGAUAAAAUGAAGUCUCUGGAGAUCGAGCUGGACGAGGAGAGGAGCAGCGUGGAGCUCCUCAACGACCGCAUCACCCGAAGCAGAGAUCAGGUGGAUCAGCUUCGCUCGGAGCUCAUGCAGGAGCGCUCGGCCAGACACGACCUGGAAAUGGACAAGAGCGCCCUGGAGAGACAAGUGAAGGAGCUGAAGUCUCGCAUGGCGGACAUGGAGGGGCAGCCGCGGCCCACCGCUGGAAUCACCCUGCUGGAGAACAAAAUCCAGGAGCUGGAGGAGAGACUCCGCAGUGAGGAGAGGGAGAAGUCCAGCAUCCAGGCCUCUCAGAGACGAACAGAGAGGAAACUGAAGGAGCUCACCGCCACGUUGGACCAGGAGAGAACUCAGCACGUGGAGCAGAGAGACCAGCUGUCCCUGCGUGUGAAGGCCCUGAAGCGGCAGGUGGACGAGAGCGAGGGCGAGGUGGAGCGCCUGGAGGGCGUCCGCCGCAAGGUUCUCAGAGACCUGGAGGAGCAGCAGGAGCUCCAGGAGGCCCUGCAGGCCAAGGUCACGGCGCUGGAGGCCGAGCUGAAGCGGAAGUCGCAGCACACACACCGAACAGCUCUGGGCUCCACCGCUCUGAGCUCUGAGGAAGAGGACGGCUUCUUCGACAGCAACAUCACCUCCAUCCUCAGCGAAGGUCACCUGCAGACCUCCAACUGCUAGGUGAAGAAGCAGCAGCACAGAAAAGAUUUAAAAAGAGGUAUCCGGGGCACGCAGGAACUCUGCUGCCUCACCUCACCUCACAGUCGCUCCUCUUGGUUUUAUUUUUAGCGCGGCGGUCCAGCAGAGACAGGCUGUCGGCGUAACGAGCUGUGGUUAUGAUUCCUUCACCGCUGUCAUGUUUAAUCUGAGAAGAGGCCUUUUGUUUCUCUGUGAUGCUCAAGUGAAGACUACAGGGUUUUAAAUUCAUGGGGUUUUUUUUCUAAAAGCUUCUCUGCUGUGUAGAAUAAUUCCUGCUGCAGCACAGCGCUGUGGCUUCCGUUCACGCCAUACAGAAGAUUUGCAUUUUCACAUCACCUUGAAAAACCCCAACGUUCUUCUAAUGUCUCCAGUCUGUUUGCUUUUGCAUGUUGAGUUAACAUUUAUCAGUGUUCGCAGCUCCAAGUGGUUCUUUUAUUGUUGAAAGUAACUUUUUUUUUCUUUGUUUUUUUUUUACCUUUUAAAUGUGACAGUUGUGGCCCGUUGAAACUGAGGCUGUAUUUUUAUGACACCGUAUUCGCUUUAGCUCAAAGACAAUCAAAGAUACAUGCAGUAGCACUGUGUAAUCUCAGAGACGACGGACUUUUCUACUUUAUGAUCCUCAUGCGGUGUGAUGUUUGGGAUGUAUUGAUCAGAAUUCAUGUGCAUGUCUUCACUGAAAUGCCUUAAAAAUUAACCUUGUGUCCAUUUUUACCUCAUAUCUGUUCUGCAUGUGAUCUGUUAACAGGCUGCUGCUGCUGCUGUGAUAAUUUAAAUAGUAUUUCCCAUGCUUGUCAGCGCCCGCAUCUUUGCCUGUACGUUUGUAUUAGAAAAAUCAUCAUGAGCUUAUUGCUGAAAGUGUUCCACAUUUCUCCAUGUUGCACCUGGCCGUAAUGAAUGUUCGUGUAAUCCUUUGGCAUUUUAAACGUGUCAGUUUUGAAAUUUGCUUUGGUGGAAUUACAGGUGGCUGUUCACGCAGUUGAAAUGUGUUCACUGAGCUGCUGGGGACGUUUGACGAGUGGAGCAGAGCUUUAUGAGCUUCCCAGCAGUUCUGACUAAACUUUGAUGCACAUUUUGGACCACAUGUAGAAUAAAAACAUAAAUAUAUUAAUUCUUUCU